UUCAGAGCACAAAUUUUUAAAGUGACAUUGAGUCGCUGUCAAAAACUCAGUCUUGGGACAAACUGCAGCUUCUGGGAUUUACUCAGACGAUCAACCGUCUCACAGCUUGCACCAGGAAACCAUGGCAUGCUCUGCUGAAAGGUGAAAUGCCUUAUUUCUGCUCCAGCUGGCUUUCAAGUUAGGUCACGUUAACAUGUCUUGACGUGACUCUUACUUCGACAUGUCAAGGCUUCACAAGUUUCCAGUUGGGCAUUCAGGAAUCCAAGCACUUCGAAGUUUUGUUUUAGAUGCAGCCAGGUUUUGCUUAGCCCCUCUAACAGAAGCAGAACUAUGAAUGAGAUGUUGCAAACUGGUUCUGGAGCUUUUAAUCCAAAAGUGGAAAAGCAGCUGAUGACUCACCUCCUCAGCCAAUGAGGAGCAGCCACAGAUUCAGGAGAGAGCAAAAACUCAGAGGGGAUGUUGCUCAGUGGACCUGAGCUACUGCAGGAAAGGCUUCCAGCGCGGAUCCCGUCGCACAGAGUAGGACUGAAACUUUUUAAAAGGCGACUUUUUACACACAGCAGGGCUGAAACCAGAGCUCUGAACCAUAACAAAGGCAAAGAAGAAACUUGUUCAACAGGAUUUCUCUGUUCUUUGGAAGACAUGACUACAUCAAACAGCACCUGUCCUGUUGAUAACAAGGAUUUGUAYAAGUUCUACGCAGCUGUGAUGAUUGUGAUUUUUAUCUUGGCUUUGCCUCUGAACGCAUCGGUCCUCCACCUCUUCAUAUUCAAGCUCAAGUUCUGGAAAUCCAACAGCAACAACAUUUUCCUCUUCAACCUGGUGCUGGCUGACAUUCUGCUGCUGAUCUGUUUGCCAAUCGAGGCUCAUAGCUUCAUUAAUGGAAACAGGAGGAGCGAGGAUAAGUUCAUCUGCAAAGCGAUGCUGUUUAUGUUGUUUUUAAAUCGUGGCGCCAGCAUCGCAUUCCUAACGGUGAYCUCUAUCGAUCGAUAUUAUAACGUGGUGCAUCCAAGCAGAAAAAACCUCCUAAAAGUUCUGAAGAAAUCUCCCUACAUCUCAAUAUUCAUCUGGUUGUUGCUUCUGCCUCUCACCAUUCCCACCAUGAYGAGGAACUUUGACUGCUGCAACAGCCUCGACAACGAUAACACGACUAACACGGAAAAUAAGACUUCUUGGGAGGCGAAAACUGAGGACAUAGCCAGAGAGACAGUUUUCUUCAUCCAGAUCGUCAUUCCCUUCGUCAUCCUGGUCUAUUGCACCGUUCGCAUCGUCAAUCGACUGAAGAAGAAAACCGUUGGGGAUAAGACGAAGCUAAGGAGAGCAGUUCUUCUCGUGACCACCGUCAUGGUGGUUUUCUCCUUCUGUUUUCUGCCGUGCACCAUCGCCAGGGUGGUGCUGCUGUUCUUUAGGGUCAAAGGCCAUGAGRWUUACRAKGAAUAUCACGAGCUUAAYGCAGAAGCCGUAUUUGACGGSCUYAUGGUUCUCUCCUAYCUGGACUGUCUGCUGGAUCCGGUGGUUUACUGCUUCUGUAGCACCAAGUUUAAAGCGCUUUAUGUCUCCAAUUACUUAUCUUUUUGCGUGAAAGAAACCCCGGAGCAAAUCAGCAGCUCAACAGGAAACACAACACAGUUGGAACGCAACAAAGCUCAGAUCUUGCACAUUGCACCUUCUGGAUGA